AUUGCCAAGUUGCUCAGAGAUGCAGCACCCUCGAUCCGCGAUGUGCGAGCAUCGCAGCUGGGGUCGGAGUCGUCCCACGUGGAGGUGACACUCCAAAUGGUCGUGGACAAAAGGGAAGAACGUCGCGUCAGGUCGACCCUAGCCAAAUGGUCGGAACGAUCGCACAUCGGCAAUCUCACCCUCGUUCCGCAUCAAUCAAUCACCCUAAUACCGCAGGAGAUGCCUAAAGAACAGAGCAUUUCAUUACAUCCGUCUGGUCUGGUGCACGCUGGGGAAAAUUUGGUCCUUUCGUGCAGGACUAGCGGCGGUGGAGUAGGCAGCUUCGGAGGCGGCGGUUCGCAGCCGUCCUUCCGCUGGUUCAAGGAUGGCCUCUUUGUCAACGUCACAGAGCCAACCAGUAAUAAAUGGAUAAAGGAAUACGAGAAUUCGGAGACGAGGGAUCAAUACGUCUCGGAAUUGGGAAUAAAGAAUGCAUCACCCAUUGACCAAGGGUCCUUUACGUGUCAGACGGUGGAGGAUGGUAUGCAAAAAUGUCUCUCGAAGAGGGUAGACGUGCGAGCUGCCCCCAGAGUCUGGAUUGAGCCAAUGAGUCUGACAGUCAGAAAGGGCGAGAACUUCACAAUUAAGUGCUUCAGUAUGUCAAGCGGCAGGAGGCAUAAGAAGAGCAAGUAUACUUAUAGUUGGACCAAAAACAAGGAGCUGCUACCUAUUAAAACCGAUACCGAACACUACGAGGUUCUGUUUCCCAUGGGCAGUAUUCUUCAAGUAUCUAGUAUUAACAAAUCUACACAGUUCUCAUGCCUCGUACAAGAUUCAGCAGUUUGGGCAGAACAGAGUAUCCUGGUGAACGUCAUCGACAGCCACCUGAUAAAGACGUGUCCAGGUGAGAGGAAGUUGAAGCUUCUGUGGCCGGAAACGGCUCCCGGCACUGAGAGUUUGCAGGAAUGCCCUGCAGGAUACUCGGGCGUAGCAAGGCGAGCCUGCAAUUUGCGAGACGCCGGUCAGCCGACUUGGUACUUGCCCGACUUCGCAGGAUGCACACCUACCAAACUCAUUCAACUCGAUUACGACUUUCAGAAGAUUCGGCUGGGUUAUGGGUCGGGAAACGCGUUAACUAUUCUGAAGGGCUACAAGAAGUAUUUGGUGGAUGGGAAGUCCGCUCUCCUCCCGGGCGAAGGGUCCCGCAUCCUGGGCCUCGUCCACGAAGUUAUUUCCUACAUAAACAACUCAAUCGCGACGGACGUCAGGAAUACCGUCCUGGAGAUCGUCGAUCAGAUCCUUCAGAGAAAGCAGGCGGUCAUAAAUCAAACGAUCUUUUGUAGAUCCUUGAGGAUAGUGUUCUCCAGAAGCACGAAUAAUGCUGGUGUGGUCCUCAUCUUCGAGACCUUUUUGUAUCUCUUGUACUCUUUUUCUGAUCCUCUUCAACUUCUUCCGAUGACCAGUCCUCUGGAAGAAUAUCAUCCUGAGGAACUUGUCGAAGAAGGGCCUUGUCGCGUUGACGCAUAUCAUGAACGGCACGCUGAAAUCUGGUACAUUGCUGACCUGAUGGGUGAUUUCGAUACCAAAGCCAGGAAAGAAUCCGCACCAACUAGCAAGCUACCGCCCAAUCAGCCUUCUCGACAGCACAAGCAAAAUAUGCGAACGAACGACAACAACAUCCUGAUCAACGAGCAGCACGGAUUCAGAUCUUCGGAUAGCUCGGUCCACCAGGUUGCGAGUCUCGCCAAUGACAUCUCCAUUUAA